GGGCCCCGCGGUGCACCCUAGUGGGUGCCGGCUCGAGUUCUCCUGGAGGUGGUGGUUUCCAUUAGAGCCCGUCCAGACUCCAGUCCCGGGCAGGAAGCAUCACCUCGGCCCCUCCCUCCAGCUCGUACGGUGUGGAGCAGUUGGAACUUUCUGAGGGCUCCGACAGCUAGUGACCAAUUAUAAAGUGACUUCUGAAGGUAUCUAACCAACUGGCCUUUUAAAUGUCAUUUCUGCUGACCUGGAAACACUUCAGAGGAAGAUUAAUUUCUAUAAGUCAUUUAUCCCCUUCUAUUGCUAUUUGUAAACUUCUUCAGAUUGGGAUUAUUCUGCCUUGCAGAAAUUAUCUGCUUGGAGCCAUGCAUAAUUUAUAACAAUCUCUGGCAAAACCUCAGAAAAAAGAUAUGCUCUGGUCUCAGGCGGAUGUCAGAGGCUGUGGCAAAACCCAAUGAAAACACUCCCCGGUGCCAGUGGCUGCAACAGAGGGACAGGCUCUGGGAGCUGUCUCCUCCGAGGAUUAUGACCCAGUUAGAAAAGAAAGAAAGAGCUCCAAGCAGAGCACAGGUGACAGUGAAAUAAGAGGGGCUCUCGCAAGACUGCAAGGGCGCAGCUGGACUUGUGCUCACCCGUGGCUGGGCGGUGAAAAAUCUUUCAACUUGACUCCAAGGGAAAGGACAUGAAAUGGCCCACGAAGUGCAUCUGGAUUCCCUCAAGGUGGUAGAGCAGGAUGUCAUCCUACAGGUCCUCUACCGCGAUCAGGCUGUACAGCGCAUAGAGGAGGAAAGGAUUCGUCCUGUCUUCUUUGAUUCCUUGGACUGCAGGAGACUGAAGACGCAGCUGCAGCACCUCCGGUGGCGAGGGGUGAAGGGCCCCAGCACAGAGUACAAGGACAAGUGCUGCGCCCGCUGCCAGCGCGUCCUGGGGCUGCUACUGAACCGGGGCGCCGUGUGUCGCGGCUGCAGCCACCGCGUGUGCUCUGAGUGUCGCGUGCGCCUGCGCGGGACCCGGGUCUGGAGGUGCACCGUGUGCUUCGAGGACAGAAAUGUGAAAAUAAAAACUGGUGAAUGGUUCUUUGAGGAGCGAGCCAAGAAGUUUCCUACUGAAGGCAAACGGGAGACAGCUGGGGCAAAGCUCCUGCAAUCUUAUCAGAAGCUGAGCACGAUCUCCGUGGUUCCUCCUACUCCACCUCCAUUCAGUGAAAGCCAGUGCAGCCGCAGCCCUGGCAAGUUACAGGAACUUGGUCAGUUUAAAGGAUUUAAUAAGUCCGUGGAAAAUUUGUUUCUGUCUGUUGCCACCCACAUGAAAAAGUUGUCCAAGUCCCAGAAUGACAUGACCUCUGAGAAGCAUCUUCUAGCCACGGGCCCCAGGCAGAGUACAGGCCAGACGGAGAGACGGAGCCAGUCAGACACUGCUGUCAACGUCACCACCAGGAAGGUCAGCAUACCCGAUAUUGUAAAAUUUCUUCGUCAAGAAGAUGCCAAACCCUCUCCUGGUUCUGUUUCGAAGCAAGAGGCUCUCCCACCCAUUUCAACUCCUCCUGCCUUGUUCUCUGGAGGCUUGAGACAUGGAAGUAUAAUUAGCAUUAACAGCACUUGCACAGAGAUGGGUAAUUUUGACAACGCUAAUGUCACUGGAGAAAUAGAAUUUGCCAUUCGUUAUUGCUUCAAAACUCAUUGUUUAGAAAUACUCAUCAAAACCUGUAAGAACCUUGCCUAUGGAGAAGAAAAGAAGAAAAAGUGUAAUCCGUAUGUAAAGACCUACCUGCUGCCUGACAAGUCCUCCCAGGGGAAGCGCAAGACUGGAGUCCAGAAGAACACUCUGGACCCAACCUUUCAGGAGACCUUGAAGUAUCAGGUGGACCCUGCCCAGCUGGUGAGCCGGCAGUUGCUGGUCUCCGUGUGGCACCUGGGCACACUCACCCGAAGGGUGUUCCUUGGAGAAGUGAUUGUUCCUCUGGCCACAUGGGACUUUGAAGACAGUGCAACACAGUCUUUCUGCUGGUAUCCUCUCCGAGCCAAGGCUGAGAAAUACGAAGAUAGUGUUCCUCAGAAUAAUGGAGAACUUGCUGUUCGGGCCAAACUGGUCCUUCCCACAGAGCCUAGAAAGCUCCAGGAGGCUCAAGAAGAUCAGCUGUCACUUAAUGGUCAACUCUGCUUGGUAGUGCUGGGAGCCAAGAAUUUACCCGUGCGGUCAGAUGGUACCUUAAACUCAUUUGUUAAAGGCUGUCUCACUCUGCCAGACCAACAAAAACUGCGUCUGAAGUCCCCAGUGCUGAAGAAGCAAGCUUGUCCCCAGUGGAAGCACUCCUUCGUGUUCAAUGGUGUAAGCAGGUCUCAGCUGAGGCAGGCAAGCCUGGAAUUAACUGUGUGGGACCAGGCCGUUUUUGGAAUGAAUGACCGCUUGCUGGGGGGAGCCAGACUUGGUUCAAAGGGAGAUGCCGUUGUUGGUGCAGGCGGUGGCUCACAAUCAAAGCUUCAAUGGCAGAAAGUUCUUUCCAACCCCAACUUAUGGACAGAUAUGACACUUAUCCUGCACUGAAGUGAAGCCUCAAAGCUCCAGGCUGCAGUGGGUUGGCCGGCAUGCUGCUGAAAGGUUAGCAGGGCGUGGGGUCACCACCAGGCAAGAGCAUCUGGCUUAUGCAUUCUCCAGCUGAGUUCUGUGUCAGUGCCUGGAAUCCCCCUCCACAUCUGUACUCAACAGAGCAAUUAUCGGUGUUACAUAAGUCAGUCUGAUUGUUUUGUGUUGUGGAAAAUGGCCACAUUUUGGUAAAUGUUCAGCAGUUACCUGUCCC